GCCAGGCGUCUGACCAUGGGAGGCGUGCAGAGCGGACCUCACAGCUUAGGAGAUGUAAGCCUGGGUCGAGACACGUUAUGGGUGCAGGAGAGACUCCGUCACAAGAAUUGUCGUGCGCCUAGAGAGGGAGGCAACAACCGCCAUGACCAUCCAGGAGGGUCUUCUUCGUCAUCGCUACGAGAACAGCAACAGCAGCAGAAGUUAUUAAAGCGAACAAAAAGUUUGGCCGUAAUAUCCGAGGAGAACAGAGCAAAUACCCGACCGAGUAAUUACUACAGACUUGGCGAGCCUGCAUUGUCGGAGGCAUUCAGGAGGCAGCAGCUCAUACCAAGAGCUAAGCUCAUCAAUCGGCAUUCCCUGAAGGAUAGACUUUCAAAGAGCCAGCAACACCUCAACGAAUCAUUCGAGGUCUCGAAUCCAAGAGUGUACCGAUCACGUUUGCCUUCCGACACAUAUUCGGUGUCCGAUCCUCACGUCUCUCUGCCAAACUUCAUACCCCAGAAUUCGCGACAGAAUCAUAACCCAGAUCGACUCAACAUUCUCGAGUGGCCCGAAGCACCGAAACGUUACCAAAGCAUCCAGAACUUGGACAACGUUACAGGACUUGUCGAUGUCGUCGAAGAAAAUUGGUCAACGGAGGGAAACAGAAGUAUAGACUGCAUUUACACUCAGGUGAAAAGAAAGCGAAAGGAGCACCGAAGUUUGGACAGUGUACUAUUCGAGGACGACAAAGAGCUUGAGUAUUUCAACGUAUUGGACCUCCUACCACUGUCAAACGUCCGUCUGCAAUUCGACGAUAGAAACAGCUCGAAUAACAGCAUUAAGGCGGAAAAAAGGGAGCGGAACCGUGACUUAUUCGAGAAGAACUAUCGCAAAGUUCAAUCGUCGUCGGACGAAUACGAAGACAAAUACGGGAUAGAUGAUCCUGACAAAUUGCGGGUUGAGAAUCGAAAGAAGGAGAAGUCUUAUCAACAUAGCGAAGGACUCGAGCCCGACAUCGCGGAGGCGUUGAACGCGUCGAAGAUUGAGGAAAUCAACGAUUUCUCGAAAUCCGAGAACCGAAAGGAAGACGCUAUUUACGAAUCUAGGGUUGACGAAGAGGCGAUAGGGUUCGAGGACGAAGUGUUCAGUCAAAAAUCAGGAAAAAACCGCGUCCUGAUCCUCGACUCGGACCAAGAUAAGUUCAGGGCGGACGUUGCGGUAGUGAGACCGGUUGAGGAUUACCGAAGAAUCGAAGAGGCAGAGGACUACAAAUCGAUUUGGAUAUCGGACUCCGAGGAUCAAGAGGAAAUGUCGCGGAGACCUCAGGUGCUCAAGGUAAUCGACAACGACGUAACGAAGCGUAACAGGACCUCGGUAAUCGAAAUCGGCGAUGUCACCGAGGCAAUGAACUCCGCGAAGCAAACCGAUGACUCAACUUCGGAGGGUAACGACUGCGUAAUCACAAACGACUCGAAACUCUCAUCGAACGAGGACAAGGCGAACGACAGUCAAGAUGAGGUCCGGGUCGACGCCGUGAAGACGUUCUUCGAAUCAAAGUGCAAGGUGAACGGCGAGGCUAAGAACGAACGCUCGGAGGGUAAAUUUGGCAGAAUAAUAAACCACACGACAAGCAUGUUUGGAAAGGCUUGCAACGCGGUAAAGGGCAGUCUCGGCUUCGAGGCCAGAUCUGACAGCUCCGAUUUGGGGUUGGGAUCCGAGUCAGGGAGCGACACGCGGAGGCAGUCGAUGGACGGAAUCGACGAGGCGGAAGACGGACCCAAAGAGGUGGCGAACGACACCGAGAACAACCACUCGACACUUUCGAGAUCGUUUAGCUGCAGCGUUGACAGCUCGGCGAAGAACGAAGUCAGUCCAGAAUUCGAUCACAUAAGGUACAAGAUAAUGAAGUCAGACUUGUUUAGUAAGAACAUGUUCGGCAGUAUGAAGAACGAGCAAGUUUUUGACGGGCUGAUGCAGUACCUUCAAGAGUAUUCGUUCCAUGAUCUUCUGGUGGACAAUAACGUCGUGAUAAUCGAACCUGUGCGUGCCGAGACGGUUGAGAGAAAGACGACGUCGACGAAGUGCGGCGGGGGAAAAGGUAAGAGUCCCUCGUCAUGCCGCAUAUCAGGAGCUGUUGAGAAAAAGUGUCAGGAACAGCGAAAAGUGGAGGGUGAUAAAAACGCGGGAAAGCAGCCUCCCAAGAGCCCGAAGCAGGCUGGCCUAAGGCGGCACUUCUUUUAUCACCCGAUACGCGUUAACAGGGAAUUGAUCGACGACGAACUGCCCGAUCCGGACACGGUUCGAAACGUGAGAAAGAUGUUCGAGGGGACUUUGAAACUAAAAACUCCUGAUCCCACCUUCUCGAGGAAUAGUCCGACAAGGAAAACAGUCAGCAUGAAGGACCUCAGACAGAUAAGCGAGAGCUUCGAUGGCUCCGAAAAAGUCGAUGACUCCCGGAGCUCGAGCAGGGCGAAAAACACGGCGAACAAGGACGGGAUGGAAAGCCCGAGGAGCGAGUCCAAGACCAGGAUCAUCGCCCAGGCCUUCGAGGCAAGGAGUGGACAGACUUCGCCCAGCGACAGCGGACUCUCAAAGCACAAGGGGAUCAAGUACCUUCACAAUUGGGACGCGGGAAGCGUUAGCAGCGGUGUAUCCAGCGACUAUCCAGACACCGAUCCCGGCAGUGGAGUCCAAUGCACGUCCUCCGAGGACGAGGACGAGGGUCAGGACGACGAUGACAUCGACAACGGACCGGGGCACUCCGUGUCUCAGGACGUGCUGAAGAAGAUAAGGGAGUGCGGAACCUCGGUUACCUACUAUGGAGGAAAGGUGGUGAACACGUGUAACAGCCCGUUAAUAUCGCCGCCUAUAACCGGUAAGAUAAUGCGUGAAAUAAUGAGGAAUAAACCGAAGAACAACGAAGCCUCCAAGGAUUACGUCAAGUUUCGAUUGGUGAAGAGCAACUCUUGCGACAGCAGGUUAGAGCUUGCUGGUAGACUAGUCAACGACCAAUCAAAACGCGAUAAAUUCAGCAAGAAAACCGGCGAGCAGAUAAACGGCACUUCGGGUAUCGAGUACACGCCAAAGUCUGAUCUUAGAAAAUGUCCGAUAAUGGAAGGACGCAAUGUCGAGGUCGUGGUAGCGGACGAAGCUGUCGACGACGAGAUUAUUGAACCGGAAAUAAAGAAAGAACCGCCAAUCGUUAUCGGGCUCGAGCCGAAAAAGGAGGAAGUCAAAGAGCCGGAAAUUUUCAAAGCCGAUUUCAAGCUCGGAAAAUUAGAAGACACGAAAUGCUAUGCGAACAAAUUUAACAACAACACGUUUAACCAGUGGCAAGUGAACGACCCGAUCCAAGAGAAGAAAUGCAAGUUUGGAGAAAUUGAUUUCGAGGAAUUUGAAGUAUUGGAAGACAGUCUCAAUUCGAACGCUAGAAAAAAUUAGAUUUCACUUUAUCGACACUACUUCAUUUCACGUGUACAAUUUCAAUUAUUAUAGAUAUAUAAAUUAUUGUAAUACCGUAAGUGAUGCAGAUUAGUAAAGGUUAACCGUAUAAUCUGAUGGUCGUCAUUAGUUUAGGAAGGCACUGUGUAUAAAUCAUAUUACAAUAUUAAGAUACAUUAUGGUAAUUGCAUAAAACAGACAUCUAUCCCGAACCAUCAGCGUUGCAGGGGUACAUUACACAGUAGGUUUCGCUACCUUUAGAACGAUGGUUGCACCUUGUUCAAGCAGCCGGAAUUACAGCUCUCAUGAUCAGUUUGAGCAUCGUAUCCUGCCACAGUCAUCCCAAAUGUUAAAUAUUAUUUAUUUUUACAACGUUUGGAACGACCUGAACAUCAGAGCUGUAACUCCGGUUGCUUGAAUAAGGCUGACGCAUCGUCCCGCGGACAGAGAAACUCUAAUAUAAAAAAUAUUCUCUAACGUAUGAUGAGUGAAUUUUAGUUGCUUUCUGUAAAGUCAAAUUAUCUAUUAUUUAUUAUAUAACUAUAAGUAUAAAAGAUU